AUGCAAUCAUCAUCAACUGACAGUUUUCAAUCAUUUCCAAUCGAAGGAGAAGCAAAAAUUAAUUUUGCCGAAUGGCUUGUUGAAAAUCAAAGUAAAUUAACACCACCAGUUUCGAAUAAAAUGUUAUUUAACAAGGGACAAUUAAAAAUUAUGAUUGUCGGAGGACCAAAUGAAAGAACAGAUUAUCACGUUAAUCAAACAGAAGAAUUUUUCUAUCAAAUGAAGGGUGACAUGAUAUUAAAAAUUGUUGACAAGAAUGAACACAAAGAUGUUCACAUCAAGGAAGGUGAAAUGUUUGUUUUACCUGGAAAUGUACCACACAGUCCUCAACGUUUUAAAGAUACAAUUGGAAUGGUUAUUGAAUUAGAAAGACCACAAGGAAGUUUAGAUUAUUUGAGAUGGUACUGUGAAAAAUGUGAUGAAAUUGUUUAUCAAGAUUCUUUUUAUUGUUAUGAUUUGGGAGUUCAAUUAGUUCCAGUUAUUGAAAAGUAUAAUAGUGAUGAAAGUGUUAGAACUUGUAAGGCAUGUGGUCAUGUUAAUUGUAAAUCAAAUAAGAAACCUUAA